GGGGCCGCGGGCGCCCGGGCAUCGGCGGGGGCUGCCGGGAUUGGGGCGCCGCGGUUCUCGCUCGCUUCGGCCGCCAGGCUCCGCACCGAGGGACACGUCUGCGCCGCGCUCGCCGCGCGCCUCUCCGGGACUUCCUGGCCGCUGCCCCGAAGCCCGACGCGGAUCUCCGCAGGGCGCUGCGGGCGGGUGGCGGACCGCAGCAGUCAUGGGGCUGCAGCCCCUGGAGUUCAGCGACUGCUACCUCGACAGCCCGUGGUUCAGGGAGAGGAUCCGCGCCCACGAAGCGGAGCUGGAGAGGACCAACAAGUUCAUAAAGGAGCUCAUCAAGGACGGGAAGAACCUCAUCGCAGCGACCAAAAGUCUUUCAGCAGCCCAGCGGAAGUUUGCACAUUCACUCCGAGACUUUAAAUUUGAGUUCAUCGGUGAUGCAGAGACAGAUGAUGAACGCUGCAUAGAUGCUUCCUUACGUGAAUUUUCUAAUUUUUUGAAGAAUCUGGAAGAACAGAGAGAAAUUAUGGCAUUAAGUGUAACCGAAACCCUGAUUAAACCUUUGGAAAAAUUCAGAAAAGAGCAACUUGGAGCCGUAAAGGAAGAAAAAAAGAAGUUUGACAAAGAAACAGAAAAGAACUAUAGUCUAAUUGAUAAGCAUUUGAAUUUAUCAGCCAAAAAGAAAGACUCACACUUACAAGAGGCAGAUAUGCAAGUGGAGCAAAACCGGCAGCACUUUUAUGAACUGUCCCUUGAGUAUGUAUGUAAGCUUCAGGAGAUCCAAGAAAGAAAGAAGUUUGAGUUUGUGGAACCUAUGCUGUCAUUUUUUCAGGGAAUGUUUACUUUCUAUCAUCAGGGCCAUGAACUUGCCAAAGACUUCAAUCACUACAAAAUGGAACUACAGAUCAACAUUCAGAAUACGCGGAAUCGUUUUGAAGGAACAAGGUCAGAAGUGGAAGAACUUAUGAACAAAAUCAGACAGAAUCCCAAGGACCACAAACGAGCAAGUCAGUUCACAGCAGAAGGCUACCUGUAUGUACAGGAAAAAAGGCCUGCUCCAUUCGGUUCCAGUUGGGUCAAACACUACUGCAUGUAUCGGAAAGCAGCCAAGAAGUUUAACAUAAUCCCAUUUGAGCACAGAUCUGGGGGAAAGCUUGGGGAUGGAGAAGUGUUCUUUUUGAAAGAAUGUACCAAGAGGCAUACUGACUCCAUUGACAGAAGGUUUUGUUUUGACGUGGAAGCUGCUGACCGGCCUGGCGUUUCCUUGACUAUGCAGGCAUUUUCAGAAGAGGAAAGGAAGCAGUGGUUGGAAGCUCUGGGUGGAAAAGAAGCUCUGUUACAUAGUUUUAAUAGAGCCAUCAUCCCAAGACCAGAAGGAAGCGCACAGUUGGAUAAGAUGGGAUUCACAAUUCUCAGAAAAUGCAUCAGUGCAGUUGAAACACGAGGUAUAAAUGACCAAGGAUUGUACAGAGUUGUGGGGGUGAGUUCAAAGGUCCAGAGACUUCUGAGUAUGUUGAUGGAUGUAAAAACAUGCAAUGAGGUGGACCUGGAGAAUUCUGUAGAUUGGGAAGUGAAGACAAUAACAAGUGCCCUGAAACAGUAUUUGAGGAGUCUUCCAGAGCCUCUUAUGACCUAUGAGUUACACGGAGAUUUCAUUGUUCCAGCCAAAAGUGGAAGCCCAGAAUCUCGUGUCAAUGCUAUCCAUUUCUUGGUACACAAACUGCCAGAGAAAAAUAAAGAAAUGCUGGAUAUUUUGGUGAAACACUUAACAAAUGUUUCACAUCACUCCAAGCAGAACUUAAUGACUGUGGCAAAUUUGGGAGUGGUGUUUGGACCAACUUUGAUGAGGCCCCAGGAAGAAACUGUUGCUGCCAUCAUGGAUUUGAAGUUUCAGAACAUCGUUGUGGAAAUCUUAAUCGAAAACCAUGAAAAGAUUUUUAGGACCCCGCCCGAUGCGACAUUCCUGGAGCCAGUCUCCCUGUCAACAUCACCCCCAAAUGCUCCACCAAGGCAAUCGAAGAGACAAGGCCAGAGGACGAAGAGACCCGUGGCCGUGUAUAAUCUUUGUCUGGAGCUGGAAGAUGGUGACAGUCCUAACCUUUCUAAGGAGGACACUCCUACCAGUAAUCUAGAUUCACUUUCCUCCCCAUCUCCCACGACUGCAGCUGUCCACGGGCCUCCUGGACCAGACAAAAACCACCUUCUCACAGAUGGGGGCAGCUUUGGGGACUGGGCAUCCCCUGUCCCCUGCCAGACGCGAUCACCCAUGGUCCAGUGGCUUAACACGCAGUCCCCGACCACCCCAAGCUGCAGCCCAGCGAUUACACCGUCUUCACCCAAGCCACCGCCUUCCCCUGUUUCUCUUCCCACCACCAUAGUGGACAAGCCGCCUGAAAGCGUUGUCAACCGGAAGGCUCGAGCAGUAUAUCCGUGUGAAGCAGAACACAGCUCAGAGUUAUCUUUUGAAAUAGGAGCAAUUUUUGAGGAUGUGCAAACCUCGAGGGAACCUGGCUGGCUAGAAGGGACUCUGAAUGGCAAGAGGGGGCUGAUUCCACAGAAUUAUGUCAAGCUGCUGUAGUGUCCGGCCUGCGAGGCCCCACAUGGACCUUUGGCUCCUGGGAACCUGCCUUCUUCCUCCAGGGCGGGACCCACAGCCCCCUGGACACGGGAACUUCAGACCACGGAUUGGCACCUGAGGGGAGGGGAGGGAGACAUCCCGCCAGCGGUGGGGGGAGCGGGCGCACCGCACAGAACCGCGUAGAUCUGUGGAGUGGGAGAAGAGUAGCAGGAUUCGCGGAAUGGACUUUUCAUUUGUCAAGCCUGGGGACUUUGGACUGUGAUUUUUAAUUAUCCAGUCUUCUGCCUGCCCAGCCUCCCCUGUUGGUGAUCAUCCCACCAGGCACUUCUCUGCACACGUGCUGCUGAGAUGUAAAAGGGAACUGCACUUACUCGUGGUGUUUGCAGGCUGUGCUCUUGGCUUUGGUUGAUGUGGUGUGGAGGGGGCUUGCCGCUGGCAGGCGGGGAAUUGGUCCAAACCCACAGGGCAGCAGAAAGACGCUCCUUCCUAGAUGGCCACCGCUGGGACCCACAUUCACUCUACUUAGAGCACACUGGCGUAUUUAUAACAGGCUUCUCCUUGGUGCUUCUCACCCGUGUGCUGUUUCCCAAACACCACCUUUUUGCCCCAAGGUCUCUGUAAAUGAAAUAAAAUGUAAUUUACUAUU